AGGAGCUGGCGGCGACGCGCGAGAGCUCGCUGUGGCUCUCGCGAUAUUUCCGAAGCCAAGGUUCCACGCGGAGACUAGGGGCUUAGAACCCGGGCUGGGAGGGCGAUACUGUGCGGGAGGGAGCCGCUUCUUAGCCUGUCCUACGGAAGCCUGCGAGGGAGGGUGGUAUCCACUCCCCAAAUCCAGUGUCCUGAUGCCCAGCGCCAACGCCAGCCGUAAGGGUCAGGAGAAGCCGCGGGAGAUCGUGGACGCGGCGGAAGAUUAUGCUAAAGAGAGAUAUGGGAUAUCUUCUAUGAUACAAUCACAAGAAAAGCCAGAUAGAGUUUUGGUUCGAGUUAAGGACCUGACAGUACAAAAAGCUGAUGAUGUUGUUUGGGUCCGUGCAAGAGUUCAUACAAGCAGAGCAAAAGGGAAGCAGUGCUUCUUAGUCCUGAGGCAGCAGCAGUUUAAUGUCCAGGCUCUUGUGGCAGUGGGAGACCAUGCAAGCAAGCAGAUGGUUAAAUUUGCUGCCAACAUCAACAAAGAAAGUAUUAUUGACGUAGAAGGUGUUGUGAGAAAAGUCAAUCAGAAAAUUGGAAGCUGUACCCAGCAGGAUGUUGAGUUGCAUGUCCAGAAGAUUUAUGUGAUUAGCUUGGCUGAACCUCGCCUGCCCUUGCAGCUGGAUGAUGCCAUUCGACCUGAAGUGGAAGGAGAAGAGGACGGAAGAGCUACCGUUAACCAGGACACAAGAUUAGACAACAGAGUCAUUGACCUUAGGACAUCAACUAGUCAGGCCAUCUUCCGUCUCCAGUCCGGCAUCUGCCAUCUCUUCCGAGAAACUUUAAUUAACAAAGGUUUUGUGGAAAUCCAAACUCCUAAAAUUAUUUCAGCUGCCAGUGAAGGAGGAGCCAAUGUUUUUACUGUGUCCUAUUUUAAAAAUAAUGCCUACCUUGCUCAGUCUCCACAAUUGUAUAAGCAGAUGUGCAUUUGUGCUGAUUUUGAGAAGGUUUUCUGCAUUGGACCAGGUAAGAUAUUAUCAUUUAUAUGUUUAUUAAUUGAUAUUGAAAUGGCCUUUAAUUAUCAUUACCAUGAAGUUGUAGAAGAGAUUGCUGACACUUUGGUGCAAAUAUUCAAAGGACUUCAAGAAAGGUUUCAGACUGAAAUUCAGACUGUGAGUAAACAGUUCCCAUGUGAGCCGUUCAAAUUUUUGGAGCCAACUUUAAGACUGGAGUAUUGUGAGGCUUUGGCAAUGCUUAGAGAAGCUGGAGUUGAAAUGGACGAUGAGGAAGAUCUAAGUACACCAAAUGAAAAACUGUUGGGUCGUUUGGUGAAGGAAAAGUAUGAUACAGACUUUUAUGUUCUUGAUAAAUAUCCAUUGGCUGUAAGACCUUUCUAUACCAUGCCUGACCCAAGAAAUCCGAAACAGUCCAACUCUUACGAUAUGUUCAUGAGAGGAGAAGAAAUAUUGUCUGGAGCACAAAGAAUCCAUGAUCCUCAGUUGCUUACAGAGAGAGCUUUACACCAUGGAAUUGAUUUGGAGAAAAUCAAAGCUUACAUUGAUUCCUUCCGCUUUGGAGCUCCUCCUCAUGCUGGUGGUGGCAUUGGGUUGGAAAGGGUGACGAUGCUGUUUUUAGGAUUGCAUAACGUACGUCAGACCUCAAUGUUCCCUCGUGACCCCAAACGACUCACGCCUUAAAGCCACACUUUUUAUUCUCUCCAGGAANCUGCUAUUGAUUAGGUUAUACCUGAGGUACUUAAGAUAUGCAGUAGAAUUAAUGUCUUACUAAAGUGCCACAAUUAUUUUUUAAGUANCUCAGUACAAAUUAAUUUAAGUAAAAAACGUUUUAGAAUUUCAAAUAUCCUUANAUAGGAAUUACUUGAACGUUUUAAUGAGAAAUUUCUAUGGUUGAAAUUCAUAGUCUUUCACUAUAGGAAAUGUUAAGGAAAAUUUAAACAGUUUAGGAUUAUAUAAUUUUUUUUCUUUUCUAUAUUGAGGUGGCCACCAUACUAAUAUUCUAAAUUUUCAAUAUUUGAACUCUUAACUCUUGACAUUGAAAAAAAAGAAUUGGAGAAAUUACCAAGAUUUUAACAUCUAUAAAAUUGGUAUGUCUUAAAAGUUACUUUCAAAAAUCCUGUGAAGCAUCUGAAACUGGCUAGAACCAGUAACACUGAGACAUUGUUACCAGUCCUGAGGCUGAAAUUCAAUAAAAACUUACAGCUAAUGAUA